AUAGAAAUAGGAAGGAAGAAGACAUUAUUACUAGAAUGAGAUUAGGACAUACAUAUCUAAAUAGUUCAUUGAAAUUGAUGGGGAAACAUGCUACAGGACUGUGUGAUUCUUGCCAACAGAUAGAAAAUGUAAGACAUGUUUUAAUACAUUGUAGAAAAUAUAAUAGAGAAAGGGAAAUACUGGGAAAUAAGUUAGCGAAAGAGAAUAUUAGGUUAGCAGUGGAAGAUAUAUUAGGAUUGCACUCAGAACACACAGGUUAUAAAGCAAUACACACAUUUUUUAAAAACACUGGGUUAAAUAAAAUAAUUUAGAGUAGGAAUCCACCUCGAUCCACACUCCAUUACAGUAGGUGGCGGUAAUGCUCACCACAAGGUUGCUUGCCAACCGCCAUAAAAUCACAAGAAGAAGAAGAAGAAGAAGACGUGUCCCAGCGCUGCUCAGCUGUCACUCCAAACGGCGAGGGCUGCGGCUGCCGUGGCUAUUGUUCGAUCAGCGCGACGUCCUCCGUCUGCCUGUCGCUGCGUUGCUCCUGGCUCCAAACGACGAUCCCGUCCGCUCUUCUCCUGGUCCAAAGGAGGCGAAACAGCCCGGCCUGUGGCUGAACACCGUCCCAGUGUGCGCUCCAGGGGUUGUUGGUGCUUGUGGAGUAUCAGUGUUAUGCAGCCUGAUGAGAGUCUACUACUUCACUCAAACGUGCAGUGAAAGUGAGAGCAAGGAGAAGUUCUCUUCACCAGGACUAUUCACAGCCACCUGGAGAUCUUUCGUCCACUUCUGGACUUUGACCGUCCUCCUGUCCUUAGUGGGCUCGCGUGUUUCUUCUCUGAUUGUUCUGGAGUUUUCCCUGCGAGCCAUCUCCGCAUUUGUUUCCGCCCGACUGGAUGCUAAUGGCAGAGGUCUUCAACUUCUCCUGAUCCAGAGCCACUUCUCCUUAGGAUCCGGCAUCACCUGCACUCUCUCCUUCCUCCACCAGGGGGCGUCACACAGCUCCCUCGGCGUCUUCCUGGCGGCCACUCUCAGUUGGGCGUUGGCGGGCUUCUGCAGGUCUCUGUGGGGUCACGUGGCCCGACUGUACCCCCUGCACAGCACACAGCGCUACUGUGGGAAGUGCAUCACCCUGCUGGCCUCCGGACAUUCCCUGCUGGCCUCGCUGCAGAGACUGGUCCUUCUGGUCUUUGCCGUGGCGGCCGUGGCGGCCUUUGCCACGGUUUAUGACCACUUUCUGUCCCAGAAGCAGGCGCUGAAGUUUUGGACGCCGCUCACGCUCUGUUACACAAUGCUGGUGGUAUAUAAUCAAGAGGAUCAACAACGUCAGGGGGGCACUGAGGCCCUCGUGCACACCGUGGUGCUGCGCCUGGGGGCCCUGCUGGUUCUUAUGCUGACGGUGGGAAACUGGUCUGAUGUCCUCCACGUCCUCGUCACUUUCUUUGGGGAAGCUGUCUGCCUGUUGUUCUCGCAGGAUCUGCUGCAGAUCAUCUUAAAGGAAGAAGAAGAGGACACCAACAUGAGAAAAUUAUCAGAGAAAAUGAGAGCACACAAGUAAAAUGCGGUCAAAAAGCAGCUGAUAAAGUGUACCUCAAAUACAAUUACCUCAAACGUCAAUAAAUAUACUUUGAUAGG